GACACAUAAGUAAAAAUAAUUAAAGUGACUUCUCAAUUAAUACAUAGUAGGAUUCAAGUCAAAUAAAAAUAUGAGUUGGGCCAAAAUUCCAAAAAGCCCAUUUAAAUCCAAAUUAACAUUUAAAAAUUACAAAACUCCUCAUUGACCUUCCUUCCUUCUUCUUCAACCUCCAAACACAAAGAGAGCUUCUUCAAACCAAUGAGAUCAGUCACAAAACAAAAGUAGACGAAAAAACGAUGAGGAGACUUCUCACCAAGAAGAAUCCAGUCUUCUUCCUAUUCCUCCUCAUCACAACUUCUUCCUUAACUAUCCUCACCUUCUCUUUACUUCGAUUACCUCCGAUCACCGCCGGGAAACUCAGAGCCGCCGAUCUCUCCGAGGAGCUUGGAUUCUUCGGGAACAUGAUGGUCGAAAUGCUCCCUGAAGAUCUUGUUUUCACUGCCUUUGUUCCGUCGGAGAAAGCGUUCAGUCGAGAUCUGGGGAUGACGAAACCGAACAGCACAAAGUCAUCACUUGAGGAGGAAGAGAACACAUACGCUGUCGUUUCGAGGAUCUUGGGAUUCGCUGUGGUUCCGUAUAAAAUAGAGGAGGGAGACAUAAAUAAAGAUAAAACGGCGUCGUAUGAGUCGUUGAUUGGUUUUACGUUGAAGAUUUGGAGGAAGAGUGGGAAUGGGAGAGGGCUUGUGGUGAAUGGUGUGGAGACGGAGAAGAUGGGGUUAAAGAGAGGGAAGGUGAUUGUUCAUAUUAUGGAUGGUGUGAUUAUGGAUUCUGAUUUUGCACAGUCCUUUGAUUCUUCUUCUGAGACAUAGAGAAGUAGAAGAGCAAGACAUUUGUGAUUUUGUUGUUAAAAUAGGAAAGGAUACAGUAAUUCUUUAAACUUUAAACCUAUUAUGAUCUGCAAAAACAACUUGUAUUGACAAUAGAGAGACGUUUAAAUCUAUGUAACCAUUCAUUCACAAAAAAAAA